GGGCGACGUUUUAAAAAUGCCGGCUCGCAGAACGUAACAUUUUUCAUCGAGACUAUGGUAUCGAGACUGCGCAGGCGAACGUUUCGUCGGUUUCGUCGUUAAAGCCCUGAACGUUUCGCGGGUGUAAAACAAACGGCGCUUCAUUUGCAUGUGCGAAGCAUGAAUCCUUACAUGGCUGACUUGGGAAUAAAUCUAGAUGCCGUGAAUUCCGGCUUACGGGCUGUAAAAGCCCUCCGCAGUACCGUCGGGGAAGUGUUCCGUACGCUGGCCGAUGGGGUGCCGUCGUCUCAGGGCGAUGAAAACAAGGAAAAGAACUUCAUCCUGGAGCUUCAAACCACUCUGGGAGGUGUCAUUUCUCGAAUAAGGGAACUGGAAACUGCCGUCACUUUGCUUGGCUCUCCGGUGGCACCAUUGAACCUCGGCAGCACCGGCCACCUUUGCCAGGACCCAACGUUGGACAGGACAUCGCUUUACACUGACAUGAUCAAGUCGUACCGCUGGUUUGACAAGGUCCACGAGCACACGAGUCACGCUUCUGCAAUUCUAAACCAGAACAGUCUGAAGAGGUCCAACAGUUCGCUGUUCCCAACGAAGCGAUUGCGAAGACCCCUCACAAACGGACAUAACUUCUCGCCACAGAAUGUAGAUGUCUUCAUUAGCAGUGUCCAGAGGCAGUUUGUGGACAUGUCUAUUGAUGUCUUGAGACCAUGUGGAGGGUCUGCCGUUCUCAAGAUCACGCUGAGUCGCACCUUGAGAGCAUUGGUGUCUCUCCGUGGUCUCAUCAUCGAAUGGGUCAUUGUCAAGGGCUUCAACGAAGACUUCUACACGGACGACGACCAGCUUGACAUGUGGACCAAAUCCCGCUAUCAAGUGUUUCAAAAGGUGACUGACCAUGCCAACGCAGCUAUGCUUCACUUUUUUUCACCUCAACUGCCCGAUUUGGCUGUGAAGUCCUUUCUGACCUGGCUGCACAGCUACUUGAACCUGUUCUCCACCCCCUGCCGACGCUGCGGAACACGUCUCCAGCACAACAUGCCACCAACGUGGAGGGACGUUCGCAACUUGGAUGUAUACCACGAGACAUGCCGGCCUUGAGGGAAUGUCCAGGCAGCUGACAGCAGGCAGGGCCAGGACAGCUGCUAGCUUCGCUGGACCAAGCAAUGCCCGUUGUCUGCUGAUGCAGGAGGUUCUCGUACAGGCGACGACAUUUCUUCUUGGAAGUGGCACCAUCAUCAUCGUCACCACCAACCUGGGACAAGAUAAGUCAGCAGGCCCAGUUUGACUCUGUACUAGAUUUGUCAUGAAUACAGACAAGCAGCCUUUUUCA